AUGGUCAUGUUCAUCAUCAUCAUCAUACUAUUAGUAUUAGGUACUCUUAUCUGUUUAUCUGGUGUAAAGGAGAGUGCUACCUUUAGCUUCAGUAUGGCAUGCCUUAAUAUAGUAUUACUCUUAACCUUCUCCCUGUAUGGUGAUGUUGGUAAUAUGGAGCCUUUCACUCUUCCCAACGAUGCAGCAGUUGAUGGGGUUGGUGGCUUUGCAGGGGUACUGCGUGGAUCUGGGUUAGCAUUCUUCUGUUGUGUUGGGUGGGAUGCUGUAUGUACACUGAGUGAGGAGGUACGGAACCCUAAGAAAGAUAUACCCCGAGGCAUUAUGGGUACAUUACUUAUUGUAGCCCUAUUGUACUCUAUGUUAAGUAUUACUCUAUGCCUCAUGACCCCUAUAGAUAGUAUUGACUUGGAUGCACCUCUAGCUACUGCAUUCCAAUACCACCAUGACAACUGGGGUUAUAUUAUAACAUCUCUGGCAGCUACAACUGUCUGUACCCCAAGCGUUAUGAGUGGUAUACUGGGACAGCCUCGUAUCUGGUAUAGAAUGGCUCUGGAUGGGUUACUCUUCCAACCCCUAGCCAAGCUUAGUGCUCACGAUGUACCUGUUGUUGGUACAUUGGCGAUGUUUACACUGGUUAAUGGUGGUAUUAUAUUAACGCGAGUUGAGGAUUACACUGAAAGGAGUGGUAGUAGCUAUCCUCCUAUCACUACCACUAACAUUACCUACUCAAUAUCUCUCUUUUUCGCCCUAUCGCUCACCUUCCACUACGUCGCCGUGCUGCAUGGUCUCUUUACAUGUUCUGGUAUAACACUAGGAGCCCUCAAUCUAGCUAGUCUAGCCUGGCUACUCUACGUCUACUUCGCUGCCAUAGCACCUCCCAACAUGGAUGAUAGCAUACAAGGGGGACAUGAUGAGCCCCUCCUUGCUGGCAGUGAAAGGGAUAAGGUCGAUAUGGUUGAUGAUAACCAUUUCCAUUGCCCCUGGGUACCUAUCCUCCCCGCUGUUGCAAUAUGGGUUAACUGCUACUUGAUGGCCUCUCUGGGUCUUCAGGCUUUGAUAAUGGUCACUGUCUGGCUGGUCCUCGGCGCCGUGGUGUAUCUUACCUAUGGCGCGAACCAUAGCAAGUUGAACUGA